CGACAACUAGGUCGCACAAGCCGAGGAACGGAAGAAAUGGAUUUGGUUGCUAACUCAGUGGGAGUGACCUUAUAAUCGGAAACUACGAUACGUUUGACCUCCGAGAGGAAAACUUAAUACGGGGAUACACGCCGGGUUUUUUCCAGUCACUGUGCUUUUUAUCAGUGUUUUGUAGAAAAACGUUUACUUGUACUCGAACAACGAGAUCACUUCGUCCUCGUUUCCCGGAGUGCAGUUAAUAGUUCUAGAAGUCCGGAGAAUCCUUCUAGCGCAUCGAUAUUUCCACCGGGAGAAAAAGAAUCAGCAGAUUUCUUAAGGCGUUUACAUCUCAAAGUAAAUAUAUUCACCACUCCAAGGAAUUUCUCUCCUGGAAAUCUUUAACCAGCAUUUUACUAGAAAUCAAAGACAAUAUUUCAAAGAAGUUGUGCGUAUUCUGGCAGGAACUAGUCGUGAAAGAAAUAGUUUGACAUUUUCUGGUAGAUUCCACCGUCUUUUUCUUAACAGAACGAAAGUGGGCAAUUAAGGACAACUCUUUCAAAUUUUGCCAGCGUGGUUUUAAGGUCUUUAAUAAGUCUCAUUGGACUUAACGUUUACAUAUUUCCCCCCAGUCGUCCGUCUCAAGUAUUUUGGCCGGUAGAAGUUUGCGGUUGUUUACCACGCUGAACUUUUUGAUUGUUUCACCACGUGUGUAAAGAGUAGCUAACGUUUGUAAGAAUGCAGGCAGAGUCAUAGACAGACUCAUAGUAGGAGUGAGAUCGAGGGAGUGGCGGCGGCUACAACACGGCAGAUGAAUUAUUCCCUUUCACAAUAGCAGGUCGUAAAGACAGAACAACACAGGAGGAAAAUUUAUUUCCCAUCUGGACUUGGGGUAUUUUUUUAAGGAAUCUGAAGCCUGUUUUUGAGUUUUACGGACUCCGCGGUCUUCUCGUUCUUGGAAAAUUAGUGUGGCUGUCGCGGCUUGACCACCGGCGAGUGACUUACAAGAGGACAUUACUGAGAAGAAAAAUCCAGAUUUUCUUCUCUCGGGCACAAAUACAGCAUCAUCGAGUCCACGCGGUCAGUGAGCGCUCCCCAUUUAAUCCCGGUAGAUAUCCUGACGUCAGAGUUAACCUAACGGUCAAACCAGGUCCCUGGACCGGUCAUAUACUGUAGUAACCAGCCAAAGUGACACCUUGGGUAGUGACCUUAAGUUCCCUGGGGGAUUUUAACCCGUCUACUGGUAUUCCAUACGUCCCCGGAGCCACCGUUCACCUUCUCGGUCACGCCGACCUUCCCGGAGCUUGACCUGAGAUUUCCUCAAGGGACAGAGCGCUGAUCUUCACCUCGUCUUACCGUCUGUCUCGCCAUGCCUCCACGACCACCGGAAAAAUCCAACAACACCAUCACCGAGAUUGACAACCCUUGUUAUGAUCCGUCAUUAGACGACUCGGCCAUGGAGAAGGCAACCUACCCUGCUCAAAACGGGACUCGGCCGCCGGAAAACGGAACGGAACACUCUCAAAAUGGAAUUUCAUUUAUCGAACUGAAAGAAAUGUCUCCUUCCAAGGAGUCGAAGCCAGAGAGCGCUAGUGUCGCUAUAGACAAUCACGAACAUUCUCAUCCUGGUGGGACCGAGACUAACGAUGACCCGUUGUAUCAUUUUAGGGACCCGCCCACACACGAUGAUAAGGAACCUAUCCAUAAAGUCAAGUUCAACAGAGCCAGGACUUUCUGUACCAUUCCAAAGCUUAUUAUCUCUGCAGUGAUCAUACUCACAAUAUUAUUGGCUGUAGCUGUAUAUUUCCUUGUUAUAUCAAUAUUACACAAUGAAGGCUCACAAAUAUCUUACUCUGGAGCUCCAUCUAGCGUCAUACAAGGCAGCUUCAAAAUUAUAGGGGGAGCUGUCUUCAGUGACGAGCUUAACGAUCAUCAUUCAUCUGCAUUUAUAGUUUUAUCAAGGGAAAUUCAAAAAGAGCUGUGUGAGCAGACAUUAUGA